AUGGUGUCGCCGCGGGUCCCCAGCCGCCGGGCGAGAUGGGAUGACGGGAUCCCUCCGGUGCUGCGGCCCCUCAUGCGCGCAUAUCUGCUUGGCUAUGCGUCGGCCGUGGCUCCUCGCCUCCUAACCUUGUUCUUGCAAUACCUGACAGGCCGGAGACACAAGGUUCCUGCCCGCGACACGCCCAGCGGAACUGCGGAUGCAGAGGCAAAGACCAAAGGCGUACACGUACAGGGCCAACUCUUUCUCGACUCCUUGCGCCACGUCCUCCUCGGCGGCCUCGAUUUACAGCGCUUCCCCACAUUUUGCGCCACCAUUGUCGGCGGCAGCACGUUACUCGAGGUACCCCUCAAGGGUGUUUUCAAUCACUUCGCCCAGAAUCUCCCGGAGCUGGCGCGCAAGAGACUGUCGAGAUGGGUUGCCUCCUUCAUCUCCGCCUGGUUCGGCCUGCGGCUGCUUCAGUCAAAGCAGACGCCAAGCUUCACCGAGACCAUCACCUCCAACCCCGGAGAUGGCCACUCGGUGAACGGCGCCGAGAAACAAACAACCAUCAGGCAUGCCGGACGUACUUUGGACCUGUCACUCUUCGCCGCCACGCGUGCUCUCGACGUCAUCGUCGGCGAGUUAUGGGCUCGGCGCAAGACGCGCCGGCUCACUGCGCAGAAGUGGACUAGGCUCGAGAGGGCCAUAUCGCGCCUCAUUGACCCGGCCAUGUUUGCCUUGUCAAGCGGCCUGAUCAUGUGGACGUGGAUAUAUCGCCCGUCUCGCCUGCCCCGGUCCUACAACAAAUGGAUCGGCUCAGCUGCCGCCGUCGAUGGCCGCCUGAUCGAGGCGUUGCGGCGCUGCAGACAGGGCGAGCUGCGCUAUGGCGAGGAGACGGGUCAGGCACCGUUGCUUGGUGCCAUGUGCGCCGACUACGGGUGGCCAAUGCAAUGGGGAGACCCGGCAAAGUCCAUCCCGUUUCCCUGCGAGAUGGUCCACAUGGGCUCAGGGGGUUCGUCGUGCGAGCUACACACCGUGACUCGAUUCGUGCGCUCCUUCCGGUGGGCCAUGGCGACUUACCUGCCCCUCACGCUGCUCCUCGCCGUGCGCAGCCCAAACCUGAAAGGCAUCAGGCGGGCCGUCAUCUCGGCAGUGCGCUCCUCGGCAUUCUUGGGCGCGUUCAUCUCCCUCUUUUUCUACGGCGUGUGCCUGGCACGCACGCGCCUGGGUCCCCGCCUGCUGGGCACCGGCACAGCGGCGCGACAGGCCAUCGACGGCGGCCUCUGCGUCGCCUCGGGCUGUGUUCUGUGCGGUUGGAGCAUUAUGAUUGAGAACGCCCGCCGCCGGAAGGACAUGGCGCUGUUUGUAGCGCCGCGGGCCCUCGCCACCCUGCUCCCCCGCCGCUACGCGUGGGACAAGCAGUGGCGGGAGACGUUUGUCUUUGCCUUCAGCACUGCCGUCGUCUUCACCUGCGUGGUGGAGAACAAGGCCCGCGUCCGCGGCGUUCUCGGGAGCGUCUUGGGCACUGUGCUGAAGCCGUAG